AUGCUAAACACUGAGCAGCAGCGGGCCGUCGAGUUUAAUGGGCAGUAUUUGCAGAUUAUAGCUGGGCCUGGUACCGGAAAAACACUCACUCUUGCUUCUAGAAUAGAGCGCCUUAUUGAGAAUGGAGAACUUUUGCCAGAACGAGUGCUAGCUUUAACUUUCACUAACAAUGCAGUCCAAGAGCUAAAAAUACGUCUCAGUAACAAGUUUGGCGACGAAAAAGCUAGUCUGAUGAAGGUUAUGACGUACCAUGCGUUCAGCACGUACUUGAUUUCUCUCAACCCUUCAGUAGUGGGUCUCAACCCGCUGCAAUGGGGCUCUGCCGAUGAAUGGGACCAACAAGUGAUUCUCCUCAGCUUGAGAGGGCUUGGAAGCAAUGCGCGAUCACGCCUGAAUAAACUGAGAUAUAUUCGUCGUGCAAUCAACAGCGGUCAAGCCGUGUAUUCUGGUCAAAUGAAAGCAUUAGAGUCCUACAAAAACGUGCUCCAGUCGUUACAGAUGGUUGAUUACGACACGAUGCUUGAGAUGGGUUCCAAAAUCAUUGCUGAAAUAGAUGAUGAGCAAUUGAACAUUGACCACAUAUUUUUGGAUGAGUUUCAGGAUAGCUCACCACUACAAUGGGAGCUGGUCAAUGCCCUGGUGAAAAAGAAUUCAAGCAGAAAGUUAACAGUCGUCGGUGACCCAAACCAAGAAAUAUAUGGUUUUAUGAAUGAAUGGCACAGCAGUUCGUUUUCCGUGAUGGAUAAAGACUUUCCCAAUAGUCAAAAAGUCCGCCUCGAUACAAGCUACCGGUCCAACCAGGAGAUAUGCGAUCUGACAGCUGAAAUGAUAAGUGGCGAGGCAGAAAAAGAGGAGGAAACAUCACUUACCAGUGUCAAGGGCUAUACUGGAGAUAUUCCUACCAUACAAUUGCAUGAUUCUACACAAGCUGAGUAUGAGAGCUUAGUUGCAAAUGUCAAAAGCUAUCUGUUAAAUAAUCGCCCGGACAACAUUGGCAUAUUGGUCCGGACUAAUGUUGACUUGGACACGGUUGCUAAAUUGUUUAUCGAAGCCGGAAUCCCUGUCGACACUUUUCUCAAUCGCUCUGUUCUGGCUAACCCUUAUGUGCGGUUAGUGUACUGUCUUUACAAGCAUGUCACACAACCAAGUGAUGUUUAUUUAUUACACUUGCUCACCAGUCAGAAGAGCACAAUUUUCAAUACGAGCCAGUCCACUAUUCUGAAAUCGUAUCUGGGUCAGACCGACAUAAUGGCUGCCGCCGGGUUGGUGGCAGCACGAUCUAGGACUCAUAAACAGGUUGAACAAAAGGUACGAGAAGUGGAUAUAUAUCUCAAAUCAUCUUUAGAGACUCUGCGUGCGACCCGGGAUGUACAAACAGUAAUAAGUGAAUCAAAUGAUUUAUUGAAACAGAUCAGCAGCGACGUGGUGCAGUCCCCGCCUGAACUGGAGUCUUUUUACGACUGGAUUGAAAGAUCUUCGCUGAACAAAAGUAGCUCUGAUGAGCCUCUUGUUCCGUGGAUUGUGAAAGAAAUUCGAAACCCAAGGUCCUCUGCUAGAGGUUCUAUUAGCAUUCACACUGUGCAUUCCGCCAAGGGCUUAGAAUGGGAUGCUGUAUUCAUGCCUAGAGUUGAACCAGGUGUUUAUCCCUUGUACUUUAACUCGGAGACCCUUCCCGACCGGAAGGUUCUAUAUGUUGGUAUGACUAGGGCCAAGAAAACCUUAGCCCUGUCUGCGACUCGAGUCGAGUCCACUUUUCUUUCUGGAUGCAAAACGCUAGUCCGCAAAGGAAUUAAGCCUCAAUCCGAGGGCGAUUUGCGCAGUCGCUAUCCGAAGUUGUUUGGACCACUUCCGUAUCUUUCAAAAUCUCAUGUUAGCUCUAUGAUCAAAAAGUUACAUCUAUGA